AUGAUCCACGACGUGGCUGGAGCUCGUGCGGCUGCACUGCCGGUGGUCUUCGUGGCGGGAGGCAUUGAGCACCAGGAGCUGGGCAUCGAGCCGGGGCAGACGCCCACGCCGGACGCCUUGCUGCGUUUGGCCGAGCGGUAUGGCAUCCAGCCGCUCGUGUGGGAGCGACUGCAAUGGCUUUUGGAGCCGCUACUUGCGCGAGAUGUGGAGCGACAGGUCUUACACCUGGGCAACGGCAACUCGCCCCUGCCGGAGGAGAUGUUCGAUGCCGGCUAUGUCCAGCAGACUGCCGUGGACAUCUCAGAGGCUGCUAUGACCCACAUGGAAGCUCGAAACCGUGGCUGCCGACCUUCCAUUGUUUGGAAGGCUGCAGACUGCCGAAGAUUGGACAUUCCCAGCGAUAGCUUCCCAUUGGUGGUGGACAAAAGCACUCUGGACGCCUUUUUCUGUCAUGACCAGCACGCGUUGGCCAUCAUGGAGUUUGUGAAGGAGGCCUUCCGAGUCACUGCGGUGGGCGGAGCCUUGAUCUCGGUCAGCAUGCACCGCCCCAAGUCGGUGCUGCCUUGGCUGCGCCACAAGGCCUUCGCGUGGAAUGUCACCACGAUCCCCAUCGAGGAUGGGCAGCCGAGCGCCCGCGCCCGGCCCAGGUGUCAUGCAUACAUUUGUGGCCCCAAGCGCUGUGAGGCCCAGAAGUCCUUGGAGGUGCAUUGGCCCCGGCUCUACGCGCAGGUCACUGAACAUCCAGAUUCUGACCUUUCAAGCUCCAGUGCAUCCGAGGACUCAGAUGAAGCGAGGACUGGCGAAGCUGUUCCACUUGAGGAGAUCUGGAGUGAAAAAUAUCGCGGGAGCGAGUGGGACGUGUUCAGAUCAAAGCGACGUGUAUAUAGCGACAUUGGGAUUUUAGAUGUUCAUGGUAGGCGGUAG